AUGGGGCGAGGAGAAAGGGGCCUGCGCCAAUCCGAAAGAGAUGCCUACGAGGCCAUCAUGGAAUUUCUACAGCAGGAACAGAUGUGCGAGUUCUCCAAGCUGAGCUUCCUGCGGGCGGUGGAGACGCUGAGUGGCGUCGUGCGUGCGCAGGCAGACGGCAACAUGAAUGAUUACUGCUCCAAGAACGCGCUGGCCAAGAAAAUCAAGAUGCUGAUCCUAGAGGAGUCCUUCGAGAUCCUAGACAGCAGUGUGCGCCAGCAGGCCAUGCUCUGCAUCGUGGCCCUGAGCCAGGUGAACCCCCCAUUCCACUUAUCCCAGAAGCUGGACCUGGUCAAUGUGGCCGUGGCCAGCGUCUUCUCUCUGCCACUCAUCGUGCCCAGCCUGGACCGCAAGGAGAGCGCCAGUCUCUACCUGCAGACGGUGCAGGCCCUGGAUGACAUGCUCCACGUGCUGGUGAUGGACAAGUUGGACCCAGACAUGCUCAUCCUGCAGCACUUCCUGGAGAUCCUCUUGCCCUGGGUGACCAUGUCUGACAAAGUACAUGAGCAGACCCGGGCACUGGGCACCAUCACCCGCCUGCUCAGGUUCAUCUGUAAUUUCCCCAAACUGUCGCACAUGCAGGAGUUCUCGGUGACCGGGACCCUGAUGGGCCUCUGGGGUCUCUUCUGCUUGCAUUCCAACCCUGAGAUCAGCCAGGGGGCGUCGGAGGCUUUGCAUUACCUCUUCAAGAUCCUUGUGCUUCAGAGAAGUGUGAAGCAAAAGACGGAGAGCAUCCUGAAGGACUUGCAGAAACACUUCCGUGGGGAGUGGCUGGCCAGCAUGCAGACCCUCACGUGGUUCUUCAGGAAGUACCUGACCCCUGACGAGCGAGCAGAUGUGUUCAUUGUGGCCUUGGAGGCCCUGGUGAGCUCCCGCAGUGCUGACAUCUGCGCUGCGUCCCGGAUGUUGAAGAUGAUCCUCAAGGACUCACUUCCGGAGAUUGGGAAGGUGCCAGAAAUCAUCCAGUACAUUUACUACCACAUGAACAGCAUCACAGAGGCCACAGCCCAGAAGAUUGUCAAGAAGAUCCUCCACCUGCUGGCCCAGUCCUACACUGACGACGUUAUCCUGACUCUGUUCAAAAUCGAGGACCAGUCUCAGAAAGGGGUCCGCAAACCCUGGGAAAUCCUGGCAUCCUUCCCAAAAGGCUAUGAGGUCAUCAUGGAGCACCUGUUGCAGAGGCUGAUUCCAAACAAGUACCAGGACCUGGAACCCAGCUCACACACUGUCAUCUCCCCGCUGAUUGCCACCAGGGCCAUCCAUGAGCUCCUGCUGGAGCCCAGCCGGCGCAUGGAGGUGCAGAGUUUCUUCUCGCCGCUGUUUGUGGCCCUGCUGUGCCAGGUCUCCUUCCUCGUGGUGGAGGGCUGUGCCGAAGCCAUGCAGGACCAGCAGCAUGUGACCAACUGGGUGGAUCCCGUGAGCUCCACCGUGGAAGCCCUGAAGACUUUGAUGCGAUGCUCAGGGUACGCAGACCAUGUAACUUACAUCCGGAAACUGGGGGGCUGGGAGCUGCUCGUCAACCCCGAAAGGCACUAUGAUGGGGUCACUUUGCUGGCCAGGUCCUUGGUGGUCAUGAACUGUUGGCACAACUGCCCUGUCUUCAGUCACAUCGUCAGGCUCCUCCAGGACCUGGAGUGUGUCAGCCACCUCACUGCCCUGGUGUUCCUGGUGGAGCUGCUGCAGUGUCCAGAGGUGGCGGCCAUCGUGGAUGACAUCACCACUCACAUCCUGGCCAGUUGGUUCAAGUAUGAGCAGCCCAGCACACUGAAGGUGUUGCUGCACAUGGCUGAGGUCUUCGGGAGACACCCAACCACGGAGCGACGGUUCCGCAUCCUGCAGCCCCACGUGCUCAACUGCUGCUACAGCACCAAUGGGGACAUUGUCACAGAGACCCUGCAGGUGCUCAAUCGCCUCCUGCAGCAUCUCACCUGGGAGGUCUCCUCCUCCUUCCUCAUCCAGCUCUCCUUCACGCUGGUGCCCUUCUUUGAGGAGGAGUCAGAGCACCUGCGCCUGAUGGCAUUCGAGGUCUACAGCAGCCUCCUGGCCAAGGUCAAGAGGAGUGCACUCGUUUUCCCCUUGAGGCACCAGGUGGUCAACCUGCUUGUCCUCUUGGUGCUGCACCUGAAGGACGAGAGCCUCAACGUGGCCCAGGUCAGCCGGCUUGCCCUGAGCCACACGGUCAUGCUGUUGCACUGGUCGAGGCUCAGACUGGUGGUGGCCGAGGAAGAUGAGUUCACCAUCCUCAGAGCCCUGCUACAGCAUCAGGCCAGCAAGGCCCUGUGGUUCCUGAAGCAGAGCGUGGCACUGUUCCGGAGCCCGCAGGCCGCCAUCCGCCAGGCAGCCAUUUGGUUUGCAGGCCAGAUUAUGCAAACCUUAGACAUGGAUGAGGAGGAGGAACUGGAGGACGCAUAUGCAGCCCUGAGGUCCAUGCGGAGAGACCCCGACCCCAUGGUCAGCUGCCUCACCACACAGACACUCUACAUCCUGGAAGCCAACCGGAAGCUGUCACAGGCCAAGACUUCCACAUCCUGCUUCUGCAGAGGGCGACCCCGCAGGGGCCGGCUGUGA